AGCAUCAACAUCAACAGAUCAACAUUCAACACUAUCAACAGCAACAGGCACCCUAGAACGCGGGCAUUCGGGCAGUGCUUGCUUAUUUAUUGAGUUUUUGCUGGAAAAAUAGUCUGCCUGGUUAUAAUUUGUAGUGAUCGAACGCCUAAAAAUCUGAAGAUGGUUAAAAACCACGAAGAACUUGUCAAGGCUUGCGGACAGCUGAACCUCAAUGCUCUUCGGACCGAAGCAAAUAAAGUUUACAAAAACUAUUUACAUAGCGUGAAAUCCAUUGAAGAAGAAGCAAUUCAAUGGGCUAAUGAAGUCAAAAAUAAGCUGCGUGCUGAAAGGAGAAAGUGUCCAAUGCCUCCAAGGACUCCCACACUGAAGAGGAACAACAGGAAGAGAAAGAUACCUGACAAGGCAGAAGUUGAAGAAAAGGAAAACUCAAUUGCUGUGCACCGGAAAGUAAGGGGUGCCGCCCAGGCUGCUGCCUCCAAAUUCCAUGAUCAGCUGCAUGUCCCAGUGAAGCUGAGAAGACCCACUGAGAAACUCGAGCCAGCUAAGAUGGUGGCUCCCAAGGCAGUCAAGAAAGUGCGUGUCAUGAGCACCACUUCUGACAGUGAUGACUUUGAUGAUGCAGCGUCAGUAGCGUCCAGUGCACCCUCAACCAGAGCCAGAACUGCUAAGACCAAGAAGAAAAAUGAGCCUGAGAGUGAGAAUGAAGCUGAGCCCCCAAAAAUGGCCACUAGGGGAAGAGCCAAAGCUGCUGAAGGAAAGAAAGCCAAGAAACCUGUUAAAAAAAGGAAGCUGGCCAGGCAAUUUUCAGAAAGUGAGCCUGAAGAGCAAGAUGUUACUAAUCCCACCUCUGAUGAGACUGCGACAGACAUGCUUUCGUCUCAAGAAGAAGAUCUAAGAGAGAAAACACCUGAGGAUCAGCCAGUAAAGUCAAAGAAAAUCAUCAUGAGCCGCGAAGUUACAAUUAAGAUGGAGAGAAUAUCUGAUUCAUUCAUAGCGAGACAUACUUCCAAACAGAAUGCUGGGACUGAGAGCCCUCUUGAAGGAGAGUCGGACGAGCAAGAGAGUUCACCGCAGAAGCCUGCUCAGAAGAGGAAGUCAAGCAGAAACAAGCGUCAGGAGGCGGCAGCUCAGCUGCCUAGCAAAGCUGCAGACCUGAAAGCUUUAACUCCGCACAUCGCUGGCAAGGUGAAGGAGCGGGUGAUGGCUGUGGAGCAGUCUCUGCAGAAGGGCUAUCCUCGUACUUUACUGAAGGAGCCAACUGUGGCCACGCCGCACUCGCCAGCCAAGUGGCUCAAAGCUCCAAAGGAAAGGGUUUCAGAACAGGAAUCGGCGUCAGAUAUUUUCAGCAGUGACACAGAGGCGAGCAGCUCUCCUUCCCAUAAACUGAGAAAGAAAUCUGUUCCUUCCACUGUCGUGAGGCCUUUGCUGUCUAACACCAGCACUCUUCCAAGAUCAAAGCAGCUAUCAACCAACACUAUUGGAAGGAGCAGAAUUGUUUCUGGCAAAGUCUUCACUUUGGACGCACAGCGUGAACAGGCACAGCAGAUUGCUCAGGAGCUGGAGAAGAAAAAGGAGUUGGAGCGUCAGCAGAGGGAGGAGAAAAUGCUGGAGGCUCAGAAGAAAAAGGAAGAGCUGCUGAAGCAGAGGAUGGAGGAAAAGAAGAAGAUCAACGAGGAAAGGCAAAAUAAAGUGCGAAUGAUGCAGGAGCAACGCCAGAAGAAAAUGGAGGAGAAAGAGGAACAGCGCAGGCUGAAAGAGGUCAAAGAGAAGGAGUUGAAAGAGCACAAAGCCAGCAAGUUCCAAGAGUUAAAGGCCAAACGCGCUGAAAAGAAGAAGCUGGAAGAGGUGAAGAAAGAGGAUGAUGAAAAGAGAAAGCGAAUUGACGAGAAACGAAAGGAAGACGAGGACAGGAAGAAGGAAGAGGACGAUAAGAGGAAGAAGCUUCAGGAAGAAAGGAGGAAAAAGGAAGAAGAUGAAAGGAAGGCUGCAGCUGUUAAGAAAGCUGUGGAAGCAAAGAAAGCACAAAUGAAUGUGACUGCCACCAUUAGCAAGGAGCCUGCUGCCGCAUCCUCCAAUAUGAAUAGCACUUUCACAAAGAGCAAGGAGGUCGUUCCAGAGACACCCAAACCUAAAGCUGUGGCGAGAAUCGCUCAGAUUGAGUCCUAUGACGUAACCCCAAGCAGGGAUGAAAUGCCACCUCAGCAGCGUAAGAGCGAAAAUAACUAUGGCAUUGACGAAGUGGACGAAGGCGACUCCAGUGACGAUGAUGAGAAGCCAAAGAAGCAGGUGCCACAUUGGGCAGAGCGCAUGAAGAACAACAUUCAUCUAGACUGCGCAGACUAUGUCAAAGUUCCUCUACGGAACAACCUGUUUGGCACUCGCGUUUUCAAACCUACUAUUCAAGAUCUUUUUGGGGUUGGAGCAAGGCCAUUGACCCGUCGCUCGAGCGCAGUUUGGAACACGCCGCCCAAUUUGCACCACAUGACCCUGAAUGCUUCAUUGCUGGGGGCGCUAAAUGAAUAAUAUCUUGCAAUUCCUCUCUUGAUUUUGUUCACUAAUUAUAUUAUUCUUUCAAUUGUUUUAAAUGAGUUGCGUUGUUUGCUUUGUAGCUCUUAAUGAUUCCAUUCCAUGUAAAUAACGUGAAGAUCUUUCAUCUUAAUUUAACCCAAUGAAAAUUGUGGAUUAGUGUAACUUUUAUUUCUGAAAUUUGUUUAAAUGUAAUAAGUAAAAUUAAGAGUGUAGUUCAGGAAGAAUUAUAGUUUCUUUCAAUCAUC